UGGUGUUCACUGCAACAGCACACUAGUAUUACUGUAGUUAGCUUCGCCAUGGGAGCGAGAUGGCCGCUCCAUGACGCGGCGCUGAUGCUGGCGGUGGUCGCUGUUGUGACGACGGCCGCUGCAGCGGCGGCGGCGGGGUCUGCCGGUGAGACGACGGCGGUCGUCGUCGGCGCGGCCAAGUGCGGCGACUGCGGCAGGAAGAACAUGGACGCCGAGGCUGCUUUCAAGGGCCUCAAGGUGGCGAUCAAGUGCAAGAACGGGAGCAGCGACGAGUACGAGAGCAAGGCCGUCGGCGACCUCGAUGGCACCGGCGCGUUCGCCGUGCCUCUCGACGCCGGCGUCCUCCGCGGGGGCGGCGGCUGCGUCGCCCAGCUGCACAGCGCGGCGAGCAACGGGCCGUGCCCCGGGCAGGAGCCGUCCAGGAUCGAGCCGCUGUCGGAGGGCACCUUCGUGGCCGUCGCCGGCAAGACGCUCUCCCCGUCGGCGGAGUGCGCGUCGGCGACCAUCUGCUUCCCGUGCCACCGGACCCACAUGUUCCACAAGAAGCCCGGCUUCAUGCACAAGAAGCCCAUGCCGGAGUACCAGCCUCCCUCGCCGGUAUACGGCACGCCGGCGCCGGGAUGCCCGCCUCCCACGCCGGAAUACGGCCAGCCGGCGCCGGAGUGCCCGCCUCCCACACCGGAAUACGGCCAGCCGGCGCCGGAGUGCCCCCCUGCCGACCCGGGAUACGGCCAGCCGGCGCCGGAAUGCCCGCCUCCCACGCCGGCAUACGGAACGCCGGCGCCGCCGGAGUGCCCACCCGCCACGCCGGAAUGCGGCCAGCCGGCGCCGGAAUACGGAACGCCGGCUCCGGCAUGCCCACCUCCCACGCCGGAGUACGGCGCUCCGCCACCGACAUGCACCACUCCCACGCCAGAGUACGGCACUCCGGCGCCGGCAUGCCCUCCUCCGACGCCGGAAUACGGGAUGCCGACGCCUUGGCCCCCUGUCAGUCCGGCGUACGGCACGCCGUCGCCGACGCCGAUCUACCGUCCGCCGGCGAGCCACUGAAGGAGCUAGCUAGUCCACUGCUGCUGCUCCAUUUCGCUCCACUAAAUAAAUUGAUGUAUUUCUAGCUAUAGCUAAAAUCUAUCUGUGUGUCUCUUGCUACUUGGCAUUUGGUAUCUCUGAGAUGCUUUCCAUGGAGAUGAUGAGUGAUUUAGUGCUGUGGAUGCAUUAAUGUUUAUGGCAGAUUUGGAAAUGUACUUGCAAUGAAUUAAUGUUGAGUUUAAAAUGUC